AUGGACUGUCCCUGGAAGUUUCUGUUCAAGACCAAAUUCAACCAGUAUGGCUUGAACAAGGAAAAGGACAUCAACAACAACCUGGGGAAAGCCCCCUGUGUUAAACUCAGUCCGGUGACACAGGAUGACCCCAAGUAUCACAGCUUCAGCAAGCACCAGAAUGAGUCCCUCCAGCCCCUCACGGGGACGGUCAAGAAGUCUCCAGAAUCCCUGGUCAAGCCGGUUGUGCCCCCAUUGGCCUGCCCACAACACGUGAGAAUCAAAAACUGGGGCAGUGGGACCACUUUCCAAGACACACUCCACCACAAGGCCAAAGGGGCUUUCACUUGCAAGUCCAAAUCUUGCCUGGGAUCCAUCAUGACCCCCAAAAGUUUGACCAGAGGACCCAGGGACAAGCCUACUCCUCCGGACGAGCUUCUACCUCAAGCUAUCGAAUUUGUCAACCAGUAUUACGGCUCCUUCAAAGAGGCAAAAAUAGAGGAACAUCUGGCCAGGGUGGAAGCGGUGACGAAGGAGAUAGAAACAACAGGAACCUACCAACUGACGGGAGAUGAGCUCAUCUUUGCCACCAAGCAGGCCUGGCGCAACGCCCCCCGCUGCAUCGGGAGGAUCCAGUGGUCCAACCUGCAGGUCUUCGAUGCCCGGAACUGUUCCACCGCCCGGGAGAUGUUUGAGCACAUCUGCAGACACCUGCGUUAUUCCACCAACAACGGCAACAUCAGGUCGGCCAUCACCGUGUUCCCCCAGCGGAGCGAUGGGAAGCAUGACUUCCGGAUCUGGAACGCUCAGUUCAUCCGAUAUGCCGGCUACCAGAUGCCCGAUGGCUCCAUCAGAGGGGACCCUGCCAACGUGGAGUUCACCCAGCUGUGCAUCGACCUGGGCUGGAAGCCCAAGUACGGCCGCUUCGACGUGGUGCCCCUGGUCCUGCAGGCUGACGGCCGUGACCCUGAGCUCUUCGAAAUCCCGCCUGACCUCGUGCUUGAGGUGCCCAUGGAACAUCCCAAGUACAAGUGGUUCCAGGAGCUGGGGCUGAAGUGGUACGCCCUGCCUGCAGUGUCCAAUAUGCUGCUCGAAGUGGGUGGCCUUGAGUUCCCGGGGUGCCCCUUCAAUGGCUGGUACAUGGGCACGGAGAUCGGGGUCCGGGACUUCUGUGACGUCCAGCGCUACAACAUCCUGGAGGAAGUGGGCAGAAGAAUGGGCCUGGAAACGCACAAGCUGGCCUCGCUCUGGAAGGACCAGGCUGUUGUGGAGAUCAACAUUGCCGUGCUCUAUAGUUUCCAGAAGCAAAAUGUGACCAUCAUGGACCACCACUCGGCUGCAGAGUCCUUCAUGAAGUACAUGCAGAACGAGUACCGGUCCCGUGGGGGCUGCCCGGCCGACUGGAUCUGGCUGGUCCCUCCCAUGUCUGGGAGCAUCACCCCCGUGUUCCACCAGGAGAUGCUCAACUACAUCCUGUCCCCUUUCUACUACUACCAGGUGGAGGCCUGGAGAACCCACGUCUGGCAGGACGAGAAGCGGAGACCCAGGAGAAGAGAGAUCCAGUUCAAAGUCUUGGUUAAAGCUGUGCUCUUUGCCUGUAUGCUGAUGCGCAAGAUGAUGGCGUCCCGAGUCAGAGCCACAAUCCUCUUUGCGACAGAGACAGGAAAAUCAGAAGCGCUGGCCUUGGACCUGGGGGCCUUGUUCAGCUGUGCCUUCAACCCUAAGGUUCUCUGCAUGGACGACUAUAGGCUGAGCAGCCUGGAGGAGGAGCAGCUGCUACUGGUGGUGACCAGCACGUUUGGGAAUGGAGACUGCCCUGGCAAUGGAGAGAAACUGAAGAAGUCCCUCUUCCUGCUGAAAGAGCUCACCAACAAAUUCAGGUAUGCCGUGUUUGGCCUCGGCUCCAGCAUGUACCCUCAGUUCUGCGCCUUUGCUCAUGACAUCGACCAGAAGCUGUCCCAACUGGGGGCCUCUCAGCUCGCCCCCACCGGGGAAGGGGACGAGCUCAGCGGGCAGGAGGACGCCUUCCGCAGCUGGGCCAUGCAAACUUUCAAGGCAGCCUGUGAGACGUUUGAUGUCCGAGGCAAGCACCACAUUCAGAUCCCCAAGCUCUACACCUCCAAUGUGACCUGGGACCCGCACCACUACAGGCUGGUGCAGGACUCACAGCCUUUGGACCUCAACAAAGCCCUCGGCAGCAUGCACGCCAAGAACGUGUUCACCUUGAGGCUCAAAUCUCAGCAGAAUCUACAGAGUCCGAAAUCCAGCCGCACGACCCUCCUGGUGGAGCUCUCCUGUGAGGACAGCGGAGGCCUGAACUACCUGCCCGGGGAGCACCUGGGGGUUUUCCCAGGCAACCAGCCGGCCCUGGUCCAGGGCAUCUUGCAGCGAGUGGUGGACGGCCCCGCGCCCCACCAGACCGUGCGCCUGGAGACCCUGAACGAGAGCGGCAGCUACUGGGUCAGUGACAAGAGGCUGCCGUCCUGCUCACUCCGCCAGGCCCUCACCUACUUUCUGGACAUCACCACUCCCCCAACCCAGCUGCUGCUCCAAAAGCUGGCCCAGCUGGCCACGGAAGAGGCCGAGAGACAGAGGCUGGAGACCCUGUGCCAGCCCUCAGAGUACAGCAAGUGGAAGUUCACCAACAGCCCCACGUUCCUGGAGGUGCUGGAGGAGUUCCCGUCCCUGCGGGUGUCAGCUGCCUUCCUGCUGUCCCAGCUCCCCACUCUGAAGCCCCGGUACUACUCCAUCAGCUCCUCCCGGGACCACACCCCCAUGGAGGUCCACCUCACCGUGGCCGUGGUCACGUACCGCACCCGAGAUGGCCAGGGCCCCCUGCACCACGGCGUCUGCAGCACAUGGCUCAGCAACCUGAAGCCCCGAGACCCAGUGCCCUGCUUUGUGCGAAGUGCCAGCGGCUUCCAUCUCCCCGAGGACCCCUCCCUACCUUGCAUCCUCAUUGGGCCUGGCACAGGCAUCGCCCCCUUCCGCAGUUUCUGGCACCAGCGGCUCCAUGACUCUGAGCACAAAGGGCUCCGAGGCGGCCGCAUGACCCUGGUAUUUGGGUGCCGCCGCCCAGACGAGGACCACCUGUAUCAGGAGGAGAUGAUGGAGAUGGCCCGGAAGGGGGUGCUGCAUGGGGUGCACACCGCCUAUUCUCGCCUGCCUGGCAAGCCAAAGGUGUAUGUUCAAGACAUCCUACGGCAGCAGCUGGCCGGCGAGGUGCUCCGCGUGCUGCAUGAGAAGCGAGGCCACCUCUAUGUCUGUGGGGACGUGCGCAUGGCCCGGGAUGUGGCCUGCACCCUGAGGCAGCUGGUGGCCUCCAAGCUGAGCCUGAGCGAAGAGCAGGUGGAGGACUAUUUCUUCCAGCUCAAGAACCAGAAGCGCUACCAUGAAGAUAUCUUCGGUGCUGUAUUUCCUUAUGAGAUGAAAAAGGACAGGGCAGCGGAGCAGCCAGGCCACCUGGAGAUCUCGAUGCUCUGA